AUGGCGCGAGGCAAGGGUGGUCGCGGCGGCAAUCGUGGAAACUUCCGCGGUGGAGACCCAUCGCGAGGGAACGGGCGAGGCGGUUUCAGAGGUGGGCGAGGCGGAGGACGAGGCGGAGGGCGAGGUGGAGGGCGAGGUGGAUACACUCCAGGGUUCGACGACUUCGACUUUCCUAUCCCGCAGUGGCCAGCUAAUGAACCCCCACCGCCCACUCCUCCCCCUCGCGGACGGGGAUUUCCACCCCGGGCACGCGGCCGAGGGCGCGGCGCGCCUCCAAUCCCGUUCAAUGUUUACAAGUCUCACAGAGGAAUAGGCUCCCCUCCUCAGGCAAGAGGCUCAGGACGAGGAGACUAUUCCAAGGGACGAGGAGCACCGCAUGGAAACGGGCGUAACCUCACCUCAAGGCUCAACGCCGGGGUUCCGCUCUCGAGACUACUCUUCGAAGACCGGCCUCUCCUUAGGCCCAUCAAAUUCGUGCGUUCGGUAUACACCGCGACAUUAUUUGAGCAGGAGGACGACAUCUUCAAGCCUGUCGUGGAAGCUGCUGUCGAUGGGGACGAGGAGAGCCAUGUCCCCACCGCAGACGCGGUCCUCCAGAUAUUCAACCCCACGAUGGUCCCCAGUGCCGAAGAUACCCCCGAUACCCCCGAUCUACAGGACCCUGAGGAGGACGGGCUUGAAGAGAUUGAUUUUGCAGAUAUAGGCCGCAUCCAGGCCGAAGUGGAUGCUGCGGUAGCGAAACGCGGCAUUACGAACUCAACUACCACCGUGACCGAGACUACGGUCACAUCGAGCUUCUUUGUUGACACUACACCCUCCGCCGUCCAUAAUAACAAGGCUACUCAGAUCAAAAUCGACAAACUAGAAGGCGUUUUGGGCACUGGCACUGCUCAAGAUGAUGAAGAUGACGAGAUCAUUGUUUACGUCGCUCCCCAUCCUCGAAACACUAAAGCAUUCCCUGCUUUAACUUCUCCGACCACGGUAGAAUCGGCACCAAAGGUCCCCAUGGAGGUCACCUCCGCCCCAGUCACCGCAAGCGAGUCCAUCCCAGAGUCUGUUACGUCGACCCUGGUCGCCGUGGACGAGCCUCCAUCAGCGUUCACCUUGGAACUGGGUACGCUGUACCCCGAAGCGAAGGUCUCCCCUGCACCUGCAGGCCACCCACGCGCCCCAGACCCUGAGGACCUGCCUCCCCCUCCGGCCUUCGACACGCCCGCGACGGCAUCGGGGUCGGCGAGCAAACCCAGCACGACGGCAACGGCGCCCACGAGCACCCCGAGCGUAGCCCCGCAGCGCCUGCGCCGCCUGCACCCGGUGGGCACGCCGCGCUCGUUCAUCAAGCGCAAGCCGCGGUGGAGGUCCCUGCGCGGGUUCGGCGGGUUCGGCGCGGCGCACGAGGAGGCGCUCCUGCGCGCGGAGGACCCGCGGCGGGCGCAGCGGCGGCGCGGGGACUCGGACGUCGAGUGGGGCACGGACGACGAGGACGGGGACGGCGUGGACGCGCUGUCGAGCGGGGUCGCGGACAUGGUGCUCGACGGGGACGUCGACUUGGACGCGAUGAAGAGAUUCGUGCACGGCAUGAGCGCGAGCGGGUCGCAGCAUGUGACGAUGGACGAUAUCGCGGAUAUGGAACGCAUGAGAAGGGAGGACGAGGAGGACGAGGAGCGCGGGUCGGAGUCGGGGGUGAGUAGCGAGGACGACAGCGGUGCUGAGGUGGUUGAUGGGGAUGAAGAGGUGGAAGCCGUCGUGCAGGCUGAGGAGGGGGCUCUAAUUGGGGAAGGAGAGGAGGACGUCGUUGGACCUGAAGAUUCUGCCGACGAAGAUGACAGCGACAGUGAAGAAGAAGACGAGGACGAUGAAGACGAGGACGAGACACCUCGUAAAGGAUUCCAAUCACGGCUCGAACGGCUUCGUUCUCAGUCCAGCAAUGCCAAAGGAAAAGGCCGGGCUGUAGACGAGUCAGACGAUGAGGCUAUGGACAUGGAGAUCACCUGGGCCGAGGACGACGAGAACUACCUCGAUCACAUACAGGACAUACUCGAUGCCAACGAGCAUUUGCUUUCCUCAACCUCGUCAGGCAACAGGCGAGCGCGGAAAUACAUGUUCAAGGCCAUCCAGAACGGCGACUUCGAUUCUGUCGACGAGGUUCCCAUGCCAGCCAAACGCCACAAAGACAAGGACAUCCCGCCUGAACUGCACGAGCAGUGGGAGAAAGACCGCCAGAAGAAGGCGGAAAACAAGCAAAAGCGCGCGCUCGAACGUCUCCAGAUUGCCGUGGACCCGCUCGCCCAGCACAAGGGCGGGAAGAAGGGCCAGAAGGCGAUGCUCGCGGCCCUCCGUGCGCCGGACGACGCGGACCUCCCGCACCGCAUCACGGACCUCGAGUCGGUCGAGCGCGAGAUCCGCCGGUUCCUCGCGGACAUCGGCGGACCGACGUCGAUGGUGCUGCCGCCGGCGAACAAGGUGCUGCGGACACAGGUGCACGAGCUCGCGACCGCGUUCAACCUGAAGAGUCAGAGCAAGGGCAAGAACGAGGUGCGGUACACGACGCUGGUCAAGACGACGAAAAGCGGGGUGGGUAUCAAGGAGACCAAGAUUCGGAGGAUCAUGCGGGAGGCGACGGGAGGGACGUGGGAGGGCCCGGGCAGUGGCAGGAAGGGGAAGAGUAACCUCGCGGUGCACAAGGAGGGAGAGGAGGUCGGGAAGGACGCCGCGAAGAUCAACGGAUCGAACAUCGGCUUCAAGAUGCUCGCGGCUAUGGGAUGGGCCGAUGGCGACCGGAUUGGCCUGUCUGGUGGUCUGGAUGUCCCGCUUACCGCCAUCAUGAAGAAGACGAAGUUGGGGUUGGGAGCGACGAAGUAG